GUGAAACAGGAGAAGCCGCCGAGGCGCAGGGAUCGAUUUGCCUUUGGAUCGGCCGGUACCAUUGGAUAGAGGAGGGCAGGAUUGUACCCCGGGCAGGUUGGCAUGUACAGUUGGCAGUGAGUGUGGGAGAGAAGCCCCCGGGCCGGGGCAGUUACCCGCGAUGCAUUGAGAGUUGCUGGAACUUUGCUGGGAUCUUGUUACAUUGUAUCUGUUACACUGUUACACUGUAGCCUCACCGACCGGGAUUAUGUGGCCGCUUGUGGCAGCUGUGGGGGCUGACUGAGGGCCCGACCGACCGCGACCGACUCACACACUGGGGGAGCCGGGACUGCUCCCUAACCUUGGGUUCCCCCCAUUCCCUGAGCCCCCCACCGGAAAAUCAUGAACUUUCUGCCGAGCUGGAUCCACUGGGGCUUGGCUGUAUUGCUCUACAUACCCCAUGCCCAGUUGUCCGGGGCAGCCCCUAUGCCAGGCGAGGGAGACCAUAAACCAACAGAAGUGGUGAAGUUCCUAAAAGUGUACGAGCGCAGUAUGUGCCAAGUGCGGGAGAUCCUGGUCGAUAUAUUCCAGGAAUACCCGGACGAGGUGGAGUAUAUCUUCAAGCCGUCCUGCGUGCCGCUGAUGAGAUGUGCGGGUUGCUGCAACGACGAGAGCUUGGAAUGUGUUCCUACGGAAAGUUACAACAUCACCAUGCAGAUAAUGAAAAUCAAGCCUCACAUAAGCCAACAUAUCAUGGAUAUGAGCUUUCAGCAGCACAGUCAGUGUGAAUGCAGACCAAAGAAAGAAGUAAAGAGCAAGCAGGAAAAUCAUUGUGAGCCUUGCACAGAGAAAUCCCAGAGAAAACACUUGUUUGUCCAAGAUCCCCAGACAUGUAAAUGCUCCUGUAAAAACACAGACUCACGUUGCAAAGCGAGGCAGCUAGAGUUAAACGAGAGGACUUGCAGGUUGGUUUCUACUGCACGUGGGACACACCAGUACCAGUACCAGUACCAGUUGGGCCCGGGUAGGGCGGCUUCUUCCUGCUCAUUGGCUGGGGCGGGUACUGCCAUGCUACACUCUCAGCUCUGUCUCCCUGUGCGCCCUAUUGCUCUGCCCGCCAUUGCCUCUAUGCACCCUAUCCUGAGCCCAACUCUGCCCCAUGCACUUCCCUUAGCAACAGUCUCCGUACUGAGCCGGGGGGGGAGCCAGAGCCUUUGGGAGAAUCCAAUUCCCCUUACUACUGCCCCUCACUCACGCUCACUGUCACACACUCUCACUCACUCACACUCUUCUCUUACUCACUAGUCUCUCUGGUUCCCACGGCCCCAGUCAGGCUGGGGUGGGUGAGAGUGAGCGCCGGGUGCUUAGGUGCCAAAGGGAAACUGAAUGAAACAAAUGUUUAGUCACUUCUUCCAUAACAGCUUGGUUUUAUGGGCUUUCUGUAAUCCGGGGGCAAUAAUAGCCAGAAAUCCUGUUA